GAGACAGAGAAGAAAUACGAACCUUUUUUGUUUUGCAACCACACACACACACUUAGUCGAGCGCUCUUGUGUCGGCGGCCGGUAAUGUCGAAACCUUUUCUACCCCCCCCCCCCCUCUUCCUCCCUCUAUAGCCUGUUUCUCUGUCAUGCACAGACGUCGAUGCAUAAACGUUGAUGGGUGUAAUGUUCCUCUUGGUGUGUAUGUGUGCGUUUUUUUCCUCCUCUCCCUGUCGCUGUUGCAGUUUUUCAAGGCCAAAGAGGCAAGCCAAGCCCGGCUCGGAGGACGGCUUCUGGGACUGUAGUGUCUGCACCUUCAAGAACAGUGCGGAAGCUUUCAAAUGCAGCAUUUGCGAUGUAAGGAAAGGGACGUCCACUCGAAAGCCAAGAAUAAACUCACAGCUGGUUGCACAACAAGUAGCACAGCAGUAUGCAACACCUCCACCUCCAAAGAAAGAAAAGAAGGAAAAGGUAGAAAAAGAUAAGCCUGACAAAGAAAAAGAAGUAAGCUCAAAUGCAAGCAAAAAGAACAGCAACAAAAAGAUAAAGCCGAAGAUGGAACUUGAAAAGGGACCUCCGAGUGAAAUCAACAGUAUACAAUCUGGGAAAGCCACAACAAAAACUGAUAGCAUACACACUUCAAGGCCCAAACUGAAAAAUGUGGAUAGAAGUACUGCACAGCAGCUUGCCGUGACAGUGGGCAAUGUCACAGUAAUCAUAACAGACUUUAAGGAAAAAAUACGAUCCUCUUCUACGUCAUCGUCAACAGUCACAUCCAGCGCUGGCUCUGAACAACAGAACCAAAGUAGUUCUGGAUCAGAGAGCACAGACAAGGGUUCAUCACGUUCCUCUACGCCAAAAGGUGAAAUGUCAGCAGUAAAUGAUGAAUCAUUCUGAGCUUUGUCAGGCUCCAGACCCGCACAUGCAAUGUGAAAAGUAUGAGUGAAUACUUUUGACAUUUUUUAUGUAUUCCCUUGGUUUUAUAUUUUCCUAACAAUCAUUUAUAAUGGAUGUGCUCCUGAAUCUACUUUUUUAUAAAUCUGCAGUGCACAAUUUCCAUGUACAUUAAGUAUUUUUGACUUUAUUUAUUACGUUUGCAAAUUCCACCCUUUCCAACAUAUCCUUUUUUUUUUGUAAGUUUUGUUGCCAGCAACUUUGCUGAUUAGCAAUUUUUGAGAUGUUAAAUGUCUUUAACUGGUUUAUACAAAAUAAAUGGUUGUUAGAAACCAACGUAUAGAAACACUGGUGCUUAAUACACUGUGAAGUAAAUGCAGCAUUCAACAGAUAAGAUUUGGAUUGUGCAUUCCAGCAGAGAAGAUCAAGUUUUGCAAACUGUUGCAAUGAAACCUGCCUUGACAUCAGGACAAUUGACUUUUCCAAAGCAGAAAUGGCUGAAGAUAAGUAUACUCGAGGCAAUUGAACAAUAAGCUGGAUUAGUUCAGUGUUUAAGUUAUAGAUGUGGGUUCUUCCUUACACUUACCUGAAAGCUGUGUCAGUCUGUGCUGUAAAUGUAAUUACUCAAUAAUGUAUUUCCCAGCCACCCAGCUAAUGUAAAGAAGCAGUGCCUCGUAACUGGCAGCAUGAUUUUUAACAUAUUUCAUAUAGACAUGUAUACUGAAGCAAAUUACCUAUGAGAAUGAUGGUGAGAAGUCAAAGUUCCAAGGUAAUCAAAUGAAAAAUUGCUGUGCCCGUGUUGCUGUUUCAUGGUAGCUCAAUUUUACUGUGAAGUGAAUAUCAGCAGCAUAGAAAUAACAUUGAUUAUUACUGAAUUGAUAAUACACUUUCUGAAGACGGGCACAUCCUGAAAAUCAUAUUUUCCAUCUUUCAAAUAAACUGCUUUAGUUAAUCCUGUUUGAAAGAAGCAAAUUAGUAAUUGUAACUGCAAAAUUUGACAUGUUCCUUGUUCACUUUCAAUUUUUGCACUUGCCAGUAAUGUUUGUAUCUUUAUCACCUCUGAUCUCUGUACAGUUAAAGCCUGAUCAGUACUGAAAUAGUAAUCGAAGAAUAUGUAAGAAUCUGAUUCGAGGACUUUUAUGUGGAAUCUCCUGCCAUUCCAUAAACAAUGUGCUUUUGUUACAGGUAUAAAUAACAUAAAUAUCUUUAACUGUGUAUGUAAGCAAAAUUGUGGCUUACUAUUUUUCUUAAAUCUAGUUGUUUCUUGGCUAUGUGGGUACAAAAGACUGAAUGAAGAAUUUAAUGGAAAAUAAUGCAGGCUUUUUUUGUGCACUCCCUCGUUGACAUUUUUUAUGUCAGAUUUUAAAACUAUCAUAAUUGGGUUUGAAACUUCCGCUUUGGUUAUCAGCUCUCUUCUUUACUCCAAGCUGUAAAAGGCACAGGCUUCUCACAUAAAGCGGCAUAGUUUAAUAACGGAAGUAAUAUUUCCUCAAAGAUACAUAGCGGUACAGCAUUGUUGAGAGAAAUCGAAAGAAUGCUAAUGCCUAUAUGAUAGUAUGGGUGUGUAUCAGGAUUAGUUAAGUAUUCCAGAGAAUGUUACUAUAAAGUCGAAUUGGCUGUUGUGCUUGCCAUAUUAUACCUGACAAUUGCAUGCCAGCAAUACAGAACAUUGGAACGAUAUCUACUAAACAUUUUGUGAUAUUGCUUCCACAUCAAUCUAAAAAGCCCAAUGAGAUAAAUAACUCGGCACUACCAAUGAAGUUUCAAAGAAGAGAAUUAUUCUAAAUUUCAGUUAACAAAUAUAAGCCACUUAUUUAUUACCAUAGUGGCAUUUGUUUUUUGGGAUUAGAAUCCAUUUAAAUGCUGCAAAGUAUAUGACGCGUAUUAAAUGUUAUCAUUAUGCUUUGUAUUAAAAUUACAUUAAUCAUCAAAUAUUCUUAUUUUUGGUCUGACAUCAUAAUGGGAAGAAUUGCCCAAUGUUCUUUAAUAUAUUAACUCCAAACUCUUGGGGGGGGGGGGG